CAUCAUCUCCUCUGCCCCGCAGCGCCUGAUGCCCGUCCCUGCCUGACAGCGCCACCAUGGCCGGGGCGCAGGGCUGCGGCGAGGGGAAGAUCGCGGGGCUGUACGACCUGGAGCGCACCCUGGGCAAGGGCCACUUCGCGGUGGUGAAGCUGGCGCGACACGUCUUCACGGGGCAGCGCGUGGCCGUCAAGGUGAUCGACAAGAGCAAACUGCGGGACGCGGCUGGGCAGCUCGUGCAGGAGGUGCGCUGCAUGAAGCUGGUCCAGCACCCCAACGUGGUGCGCCUCUACGAGGUGAUCGACACCCACGCCAAGCUCUACCUCAUCCUGGAGCUGGGCGACGGCGGGGACAUGUUCGACCACAUCAUGCGGCACGAGGGCGGGCUGGCCGAGGCGCGGGCCAAGCACUACUUCGCCCAGAUUGUCCACGCCAUCUCCUACUGCCACAAGCUCCACGUGGUGCACCGCGACCUCAAGCCCGAGAACGUGGUCUUCUUCCAGGAGCAAGGGGUGGUCAAGCUCACCGACUUCGGCUUCAGCAACCGCUUCCAACCCGGCAAGAUGCUCACCACCAGCUGCGGCUCACUGGCCUACUCUGCACCCGAAAUCCUGCUGGGGGAUGAGUACGACGCCCCGGCUGUCGACAUCUGGAGCCUGGGGGUCAUCCUCUACAUGCUGGUGUGUGGCCACCCCCCCUUCCAGGAGGCGAACGACAGCGAGACCCUCACCAUGAUCAUGGACUGCCGCUACACCGUCCCCCCGCACGUCUCGGCACAGUGCGCUGA